UGAUAUUAUGUGUUUGUUUCCGAAACAACAAAAUGUAUAGUAUACCAUACCUUUUUGCUCCACAUUUACAUUUAAAUUUUUUACAUUAUUUACACCACCUCCUGCUACUUAUCAAUGUCCAAUAUUGGCAGACUACCACAGCCCGUUGUCGAGAAAAUCCUAGGAGAAGUGCUCAACAACCAGGCCCUGGAUGCUUGGUCCUGGAAACAGCAGUUAUCAUUGCUAAAUGUUUGUAGGCAGUGGAGGGAGAUUGCCCUCCCGCGCAUAUACGCACUGUGCUUUAUCAAGAUCCGCGAGGACUUUGUCUAUGACUCAGACAGCAACGAAUUUGACAGCGAUGACUCCGACAGCGAAGAUGCCCGUGUUGUGCUAGAAUCCAGUGUCAACGCAACAGUCGUCCGCGGAUUCUGUCACUACGUGCAGCACAUGCACAUUACCCUGCUCUGGCCGUCGGAUCCGCUGGUCUACAUUGAAGAGGUGCUGCGCAUGCUUGGCACUCAUUCUGCCGAUUGGACUAGUGUCACCACAUUAUCGAUCACUUUCUCAUCGGCAUCAUCGGACGAGCGCAACACCAGCUAUGUGCGCACCUGCCGUGUAAAAAAGGCAGUAACAAAGUCGGCCAAACGCAUUGCCGCACUUAUGCCCUGCAUCACGACAUUCAACGUGCAUGGCUACACGUCAAAUGGAAUGGCUGACAUUUUUGUGCGCCAGCUUGCAGAGUCGUACUCCGAGCAGCUGCAGACUCUCAAGUGCAAUAUCCCCUUGACCCUAUCUGGCCUGCACUUGUCCAAAGCCCUAACACACCUGCACCUGCAGCUUGACUCUGGCAGGUCUCAGCUAGUCUCCCGGUUCCACGCCGGGUCUCUGCGCUCCCUGGUGCUGACAAACGUGCCGUGCGACUUUUCCUGGCGCUACUUUAUUGGCGAUUCAGCCGAUGAAGAAAACAGCGCUACAUUUCACCAGCUUGAAAGCCUCUCCGUGUCGUAUACAACCCAACCAGACAAGCACAAGAAUACUGUAUUUGACGGAUAUAAGUUGAACUUUCCAAAGCUUCCAUUACAUCGAUUGGCGAGAGCAACAUGCCCAGGUUUUACAAGGCCGCAAACCAGCUAUUCGGCGGAAACAAGGUGUCUAAAUUUUCGAAACUGAGCUUGCCCCAAUGCGGCUUCGUUUUGGACCCUCAAAACAUCGAAUGGAACAAUAUGACCGAGCUCGUUUGCCAGGAUCCAAUUGAGUUUAGUGACUUGGUCAGCCUCAUUCCCCGCUUACCCAGAGUUGUCAAGCUAGAUAUUACCAGCGUCACAU